AUGAUUCAACCUCAGACCCUUUUGAAUGUAGCAGACAACAGCGGGGCUCGAGAAUUGAUGUGUAUUCGAAUCAUAGGAGCUAGCAAUCGUCGAUAUGCUCGUAUUGGUGACGUUAUUGUUGCUGUGAUCAAAGAAGCAAUACCUAAUACGCCCUUAGAAAGAUCCGAAGUGAUCAGAGCUGUAAUUGUACGUACCUGUAAAGAACUCAAACGCGACAACGGCAUGAUAAUACGAUAUGAUGACAAUGCCGCAGUUAUUAUUGAUCAAGAAGGAAAUCCAAAGGGAACUCGAAUUUUUGGUGCGAUUGCCCGGGAAUUGAGACAAAAAUUUACUAAAAUAGUUUCAUUAGCUCCUGAGGUAUUAUAAAAUGAUAAUCUAAGGCAUUUGAAUGAAUUUCAAUCAUAGUAGAUUGUGUAUCACGUAUAUACCUUUCAUUUUAAAUUUUUUCAUUUUUUAAUUAAAAAGAAACUAAUAACAUGUUGAUUAUAUCAAAUUUUUGGGACACCACCGAUUUUAGUUCAUUAUGGGUAGGGACACUAUUGCUGAUAUAAUAACUUCUAUACGAAAUGCUGACAUGAAUAGAAAAGGAACGGUUCGAAUAGUAUCUACUAACAUCACCGAAAACAUUGUUAAAAUACUUUUACGAGAAGGUUUCAUUGAAAAUGCGAGAAAACAUCAAGAAAGAGAUAAAACUUUUUUGGUUUUAACGCUGCGACAUAGAAGAAAUAAGAAAGGGGCUUAUAGAAAUACUUUCUAUUUAAAAAGGAUCAGUCGACCUGGUCUACGAAUCUAUUCUAACUAUCAACGAAUUCCUAGAAUUUUAGGUGGAAUGGGGAUUGCAAUUCUUUCUACCUCUCGAGGUAUAAUGACGGAUCGGGAAGCUCGACUAGAAGGAAUUGGCGGAGAAAUUUUAUGUUAUAUAUGGUAAUCCCUAGAAUAUUAAUAUCCGAAUUGGAUCCAAUAUUUCCUAUUUGGGAACAAAAAAAGAAAAAAAAAGGCUUGUCUAAUAUCACUCCUCUAUUAGUUGAUACUUUAAGGGGGUUUUAUCUGAAAUGAAAGAACAAAAAUGGAUUCAUGAAGGUUUGAUUACUGAAUCACUUCCUAAUGGUAUGUUCUGGGUUCGUUUAGAUAAUGAAGAUCUGAUUCUAGGUUAUGUUUCGGGAAGGAUACGACGUAGUUCUAUACGAAUCCUACCGGGAGAUAGAGUUAAGAUUGAAGUAAGCCGUUAUGAUUCAACCAGAGGUCGUAUAAUUUAUAGACUCCGCAACAAAGAUUCAAACGAUUAAGCCGUUUUUCAACAUUCCUUAUUCCUUUCUACAAAAAUAGAAUUCAAGGUUCAAAAUAUCACGAAACUUAUUUUCUUCCAAAAAAUAGAUUCAAAAUUAAAACUAAAGAAUAACAAAUAUGAAAAUAAGGGCUUCUGUUCGUCAAAUUUGUGAAAAAUGUCGACUGAUUCGCCGACGGGGACGAAUUAUAGUAAUUUGUUCUAACCCAAAACAUAAACAACGACAAGGAUAAUCAUUCUACUAAACUAUAUACUAAUGAUCUUUCUAAAAUACUAAAAUAAUUGCUAAAAUAUUUUAUUGCUGAAAAAAAAUGACGGAUUUGUUUUGACAUGAAAUGGAUAUAUCCAUAUAUCUUUGAAUCAUAUUUAUGAGAUGAUAAAAUAUGGCAAAACCUAUACCAAAAACAGGUUCACGGAGAAAUGGACGUAUUAAUUCGCGUAAAAGUGCACGGAAAAUACCAAAGGGUGUUAUUCAUGUUCAAGCAAGUUUCAAUAAUACCAUUGUGACUGUUACAGAUGUACGAGGUCGAGUGGUUUCUUGGGCUUCUGCCGGUACUUGUGGAUUCAGGGGUACAAAAAGAGGGACACCUUUUGCAGCUCAAACCGCAGUAGGAAAUGCUAUUCGUACAGUAGUGGAACAAGGUAUGCAACGAGCAGAAGUCAUGAUAAAAGGUCCCGGUCUCGGAAGAGAUGCAGCAUUACGGGCUAUUCGUAGAAGCGGUAUACUAUUAAGUUUCGUACGAGACGUAACCCCUAUGCCACAUAAUGGCUGUAGACCUCCUAAAAAAAGACGCGUGUAGAAA